AUGGUUCUUGGUAUUCACAGGAAGCCGCAGAAGAAGCCGGACCUAUCACGCUAUGACUACCACUAUCAGCAGAAAGAUAGUACGGGUGGGGGGCAUGCCCUCUCCGCGGCAGCGGCCGGUGCUGCAGGGCGCAGUCGCUCGCUAGUUCACCCUCCUGCCAGAGCAAAUCACGGUGUGUCCGGCACACCUUACACUCGCAGCUACAGUAUGCGACACCCGAGUAGCAAUGGCACCAGCCGCAGGCGUCCAGCUACGAACGGCGCAUUGGGAUCCAGGACUAGCUCCCUUUUGGGCUCCGCAGGGCAGACACGCCGUGCUGUUUCUGGGCCCACUACCGGCUCUAGAACCAACUCGCUCGCAAGCCCAAGCCGCUCUAUUACGGUCAAAACUACGGAGGUUAGAGACCCCAUGGGGCGGACGCAAUCCAUCACUCGCCAAACCGUGCGCAAAAUUAAUGGUUACGAGUACGUUGAAACCACAACCACCAGCACCACCACGAGCCCUCUUGGUGAUGCCGAGCGGCACUUUGACGAGUUUACUUCAGACUUCACCCAUGGUGAAACCCUUGAGGAAGAAGACAAUGAGGAUGGUGACGCUGAAAACGACGAGGACGGCACUGAAUACAGCGAUGCAAUUGAUGUCUUGCCUUCUCCGCCGCCACAGCGUGCACAGCGCCAGGCUUCCCCCCGCGAAGCUAAACCCAAGAGAUCAGCUUUGCCCCGGAAGGCCUUAACAGAGCAAGAGCAGUACGCCAAGGCGCUAGCAGCUGCCCAGCGCAAGGUGUACGGUGACCGCGCUGAGCAGAAGGUGGCUGCGGGAUCAAUGGGGCCUACAGGAACUUCGGGGCGCAAAUCAAGGCGCGUGAGUUCGCUUAGAGACCCUGUGGUACCAAGUGAGCCGGCGAGACACGAAGGGCCUGCACCUGGCUCAACCCGGAGGAACACUAUGCGGAGAAGUUUUUCUCAAGUAAUUUCCCCCUCAAGGCGCACAGAGGCCCCAGCGGACGCUCCUGUACCAAGCCCUCAAACGCAGCCCCAGCGCAGAAUGAACGAUGACGAGAUAUACGCGAAAGCGUUGGAGAUUGCUCGCAAAAAGUUCGCAGCUGAUUCAAUGGAGGAACCUAGGGAAAUUCCUGAGGCUCAGAGCGCCCAGAAACCGGACUUAUACCAGGAAGCCCCGGUGUCAACACAGCAGCCUGCUAGUGAUGCGGCGCAGCGAGGGCCCCCUCGGUCAAGGGUCAAAAGUUUCUUUAGCAAGGUGGCUCAGUUCAGCCAAGAGAAUUAUGGCUACCAGGACAAGAAAAACGAGCCUGUAGCGAAUGCUUCUACGCAAGCGUCGCGACCCGCUGGAACCGGGUCGUCUGCGCAGGCCGAGCCUCAGACAUCGACUUUGUAUUCUAUGGAUUCCAAUGUUUCGCGACGAAGCAUGCGGGGGUCUGCUUCGGGGCCCCUACAAAGCAGCGCUGUCUCUUCUGAACCCGUGCGUAUAGCCGCCGCAACCCCACCAGAAACUGAGGAGACCGUUCCUGCGCCGCAAGUCAUGAAGGCCACCACCGCAAACUCGAGCCCGGCCGCAACUGGCCCCGUGCCCACGAAACAGGUAAAAGUGGGCUUUUUUCAGAGACUAUUCAAGCGCUCGCGCUAA